GCUACAAUCUUUCCCAGAAAAGAUGUGCUGAUAUUGGAGAAAAGAUCGCGGCAACAAUGGAAUACCAGAUAUUGAAAAUAUCUCCCUGUCUGCUGGUUCUUCUGGUUUUUAUACCCACUGUUCUGGGUAUCUGUCCUUCUAACUGUACAUGCUCAGGAAACGACAGGAAUGUGGACUGUUCAGGUAGAAACUUAACUAUACUGCCACAUGGACUUCAAGACAACAUUACAUAUUUAAAUCUGUCCUUUAACCAGUUCCUAGAUCUCGACCAUCAGCUAACAAGAUUCACCAAUUUGAGGACCCUUGAUAUUUCAAACAAUUGGCUCAAGAAUGUUCCUGCACAUCUGCCCAAGUCCUUAUGGGAAUUAUAUGCCAUAAACAACAACAUUAAAGUUCUUCAGAAACUUGACACAGCUUACCAGUGGAAUCUUAGAGUGCUCGAUGUUUCCAGGAAUAUGGUGGAAAGAGCUGUUCUGAUCAACAACACCCUGAGCAGUCUCAAGUUUCUCAAUCUCAGUAGCAACAAACUUUGGACAGUUCCAACCAACAUCCCCUACAACAUAGAGAUGGUGGAUCUAUCCAACAACUUCUUGUCCCAGAUACUCCCGGGAACGCUGCUGAGGCUACAGCACCUCACAAGCCUCUACCUGCACAACAACAAGUUCACGUACAUUCCUGACAAGGCUUUUGACCAGCUCUUGCAGCUCCAAGUAGUAACACUGUACAACAACCCAUGGGCCUGCAGUGAUGAACAGAAUAUCCCAUAUUUGCUGAAGUGGGUGCAGGGAACAGCUGCCAGCGUGGUAGGGGCUCCCUGUGCCAACCAUUCCGUGCUCUGGGUCCAUGGCACCCCGACUCCCCUUGGCACAGACUCCAGCCUCAUGAUUAAAGGAAUGAAGGCAGCAGACCAAGCUACUUCCCCAGUGGCAACUGAGCCAAGCAAAAUGACCAAAAUGCAUAAACAGUUUAAAGCCAAGGAGGUGACUAGCUUGGCAACCUUCAGCCAGACCGUACUGUUCACGAGCACAGAGCGACCACUGCUCCUCUACCCAGAAGACCUGACAACUGGGAAGGUUGGCUCUCAAGAAGCAGCUGCCACACACACUAUUUACAUCAAAGAUUCAACCGAGGUGAACUCAAGCCUGGCUCGUUCAACAGGAUCAUCCACUACUCCUAUGACUUUAAGUAUCACCAGUGGAAUGCCAACAAACUACUCCAAAAUGCCUCAGAGCACAACUGCUACCUUAAGGAAAGAGGAAUCCACAACAAACGUUUUGAAUACUCAUCAGCCCUCCAGAGCAAGUAUCUGUGAGAUCUAUCUGGUUUAUGUCCUUAUGCUUAACGCUGUGGCAAUGUUUAUUGGCUAAGGGCUUGUGUCUUGUGAAAUUUACUGAGUUUAUUCCUGUGAUACAGCGCUGGAGCUAAGACAUCCAGGUCAAAUAAUGAAUCAAAAUACCAGAAACUCAAAGUUCUGACUCUGAUCUAAAGAAAGUAACAGUUCUUAAUUAAAGAAGUGCAGACUAAUGUCUUGAUACUAAGCUGCUACUUAUUUUAAUAUGUCUUAAUCGAGUAAAACUAACCUAUGAUUUUGUUUUUAAAAACGUGCUUAUUUUGUAUUUAAAUUUUUAAUUUUACUUGCACAGAAUAAAACAUAAUUUUAAGUACUGGUUUUAUGUAUUAUUUUGUCAUUAAACAACUGGAAAAAAAAAAUAGAAGGCCUGUAUCAUAUCUGCAUUGUCUUGCUUGACUUGCCAGUGAGCAAUUCUUGUAAUAUAGCAGCACAGAUUCUUUGUAAGUUAUGAUGACAUGCAAAAGGGAGGGAAAAAUAAAGGAACUAAACCUACCUGUUCCACUAAUCAGAAGUUAUUCCUGAGAAAAAUCGCUAGCAUGUAUAUCUAUGUUUGCUUCAUAUGUAUUAGGAUACUUGCAAUAUGAAGAACAACAGUUUUGAAUUUAGGAAUUAAGUAUGAUAACGCCGUGAUGCCUCCUAAGAGGGUGUAAACUGAGCUGGCAACACGGUCCAACUUCAGCAUGGGAAAAGUGGCUGAUAGCUCUUUUUGCUCUGUCUUGACUUAAGAGACUGCAGGCAAGUUCUCAUUCUCCAUAUUUAAAAAAAAAAAAAAGAAGAUAAAAGUAGAGGAAAACACAAGAUGUUGUUCAAUGCCAUGACAUGCUCCAACAACAAGAAGGGAUCUACACAAACUGAUGAAAUGCAACUCGAAUUUAUUUCAAGUGACAUCCAAAAAUGUAAAAGGUUAACAUGUUGUGAUUAAGAGAACAAACCAAACUAACACUUUUUGGUCAGUAAAUUAUCAGCCAAUUUCUAAUCCCAGUUAUUGAAUAUAUCAAUUAAGCAAUUAGUUGUCAAGCUGUCAUUGGAAGAAUCCUUGAAUCUUUUUACUUAAAAGAAAAAUUAACUCAAUCCAUGGCAUUGAACGUGCCCAACUCCUUGCUUCAUAAGGAUGAGCAUGAUUGCUAUUCUCCUUGACAUCUGCACCAUCAGCAAGUAGAAAUAGUUGCACGUGUGGUUCUGUCCACCCUAGGAAAAUAAUCUAAAUUACGUGGCAAAGGUACUUGAUAUACUCCCAAUGAAGUUCUGCAAACAGCAUGAAAUGAAAACUGAAGAACAAGAUCACUGAAGAAGUAUUAUUCACUUAAUAUUACAAAUCUUUAUACAAUGUUUUCCAUUCAUUUCAGGCCAUUUAAUUUCCAGUUAUUGUAGCAUGAAGGUGCUGCAAAACCCAGAAAACCUCACAACUGAGACUGGAGUCCUCUACCUAUUUCUCCUAGGUGUCAAGGAGGGCUGUAGACCAUUUACAACCACUGAUACCAGAGAAAUCACAACUUUCCAAUUGUGAACAGUAUUUCUAUAAUCAGAAACGUGUUUUACUUUCUAACAGUAAAUGUUACACAAUGAAAUUUGUACAGUUAUUUCAUUGGCAUUUAAGUAAGAAUAAAGUUCUGUUUGUAUUGAA